GGUUCUGCGCGCCCGGCCCGCAUGGCGGUUGGCACGCGCGCGGCGACAGGCGGACCGCUGCCGCGAGCUGCCAUGGCUGCAUGGAGAAAGAAAAAGGGGCUCCGCAAGCGUCGGGGCGCGGCCUCCCAGGCCCGCGACAGCGAUUCGGAGGGCGGCGAGUUUGAGAUCCAGGCGGAGGAUGACGCACGGGCGCGAAAGCUGGGGCCUGGCAGACCCCUGCCUACUUUCCCCACCUCCGAAUGCACCUCGGAUGUGGAGCCGGACACCCGGGAGAUGGUGCGAGCCCAGAACAAGAAGAAGAAGAAGUCUGGAGGCUUCCAGUCCAUGGGACUGAGCUACCCUGUGUUCAAAGGCGUCAUGAAGAAGGGCUACAAGGUGCCGACGCCCAUCCAGAGGAAGGCCAUCCCCGCGGUCCUGGACGGCAAGGACGUGGUGGCUAUGGCGCGGACGGGCAGUGGCAAGACGGCCUGCUUCCUCCUUCCCAUGUUCGAGCGUCUCAAGGCCCGCAGUGCCCAGACGGGGGCUCGGGCCCUCAUCCUCUCGCCUACCCGGGAGCUGGCCUUGCAGACCAUGAAGUUCACGAAGGAGCUGGGCAAGUUCACUGGCCUCAAGACAGCCCUGAUCUUGGGCGGGGACAAAAUGGAAGACCAGUUUGCAGCCCUGCACGAAAAUCCUGACAUAAUCAUUGCUACCCCUGGGCGGUUGGUGCAUGUGGCCGUGGAGAUGAACUUGAAGCUGCAGAGCGUGGAGUACGUGGUGUUUGAUGAAGCUGACAGGCUCUUUGAAAUGGGCUUUGCCGAGCAACUUCAGGAGAUCAUAGGCCGCCUCCCUGGGGGCCACCAGACAGUGCUCUUCUCUGCCACGCUGCCCAAGAUGCUGGUGGAGUUUGCCCGAGCAGGCCUCACGGAGCCUGUGCUUAUUCGGCUGGAUGUAGACGCCAAGCUCAACGAUCAGCUCAAGACCUCCUUUCUCCUGGUGCGGGAAGACACCAAGGCUGCUGUGCUGCUGUACCUGCUACGCAACGUGGUGCGGCCCCAGGACCAGACGGUGGUGUUUGUGGCCACGAAGCAUCAUGCAGAGUACCUCACAGAGCUGCUGGCGGCACAGCGGGUGAGCUGCACCCACAUCUACAGUGCCCUGGACCAGACGGCCCGCAAGAUCAACCUCGCCAGGUUCACGCACGGCAAGUGCUCUGCCCUCAUCGUGACCGACCUGGCUGCCCGUGGCCUGGACAUCCCGCUGCUGGACAAUGUCAUCAACUACAGCUUCCCCGCCAAGGGCAAGCUCUUCCUGCACCGCGUGGGCCGUGUGGCCCGGGCUGGCCGAAGUGGCACAGCCUACUCCUUGGUGGCACCAGACGAGGUCCCCUAUCUGCUGGACCUGCACCUGUUCCUGGGCCGAUCCCUUACCCUCGCCCGACCGCAUGAGGAAACCCCAGGUGCUGUUGGUGUGGAUGGGGUGCUGGGCCGCGUGCCGCAGAGCGUGGUGGAUGACGAGGAUGGUGGGCUGCGGAACACACUGGAGGUGUCGCUGGAGCUACAGGGCCUGGGCCGCGUGGCCGGCAAUGCACAGCAGCAGUACGUGCGCUCCCGGCCGGCGCCCUCGCCCGAGUCCAUCAAGAGAGCCAAGGAGCUGGACCUGGCCAGUCUAGGCCUGCACCCCCUCUUCAGCUCAAGAUUUGAAGAGGCGGAGCUGCAGCGGCUGCGGCUUGUGGACAGCAUUAAGAACUACCGUGCUCGGACAACCAUCUUUGAGAUCAACGCCUCCAGCCGGGACCCAAGCAGCCAGAUGAUGCGUGCCAAGCGGCAAAAGGACCGUAAAGCCAUCGCCAGCUUCCAACAGGGGCGGCAGAAGCGACAGGAAGGUCUGGCUGGCCCUGCCCCAGGCAGCCUGGCUCCACAGAAGAAGCGGCCUGAAGAGGAGGAGGAGGAGGAGAAUGCUGGAGAGAGUGUGGAGGAUGUCUUCACAGAGGUCGUGGGCCAGAAGCGGCAGAGGCCAGGACCUGACAAAGGAGCCAAGAGGCGGAGGGAGGAGGUCUGGCAGCGGGACCAGGAGUUCUACGUGCCCUACCGGCCCAAGGACUUUGACAGUGAGCGGGGCCUGAGUGUCGGUGGGGCCGGGGGAGCCUUUGAGCAGCAGGUGGCUGGUGCCGUCCUGGACCUGAUGGGGGACGAGGCGCAAAACCUGACCAGAGGCCGGCAGCAGCUCAAGUGGGACCGGAAGAAAAAGCGGUUUGUGGGACAAUCGGGACAAGAGGACAAGAAGAAGAUCAAAACUGAGAGUGGCCGCUACAUCAGCAGCUCCUACAAGCGGGACCUCUACCAGAAGUGGAAGCAGAAACAGAAAAUUGAUGAUCGGGACUCAGAGGAAGAAGGGACGUCUGGCCAGCGCGGCCCUAUGCGAAGAAGUGGCAGGCAAGGGCGUGGCCAAGCUCCUGCCGGCGCCCCAGCAGGCCAUGUGCGAUCUGAGCUCAAGACCAAGCAGCAGAUCUUGAAGCAGCGGCGCCGGACCCAGAAAAUGCGCUUCCUGCAGCGCGGGGGCCUCAAGCAACUCUCUGCCCGCAACCGCCGCCGGGCCCAGGAGCUGCGGCAGGGCGCCUUCGGCCGGGGCGCCCCCUCCAAGAAGGGCAAGAUGAGGAAGAGGAUGUAAGGACCCAGCCCUGGGGCUCUGGCUUUGUCUUGUCCCAGUGUGGACAUUGGUGUCCAUUUCCCCAUACACUACUGCAGAAGCCAGAGUCCAUGAAAAGGAAUGCCACAUGGCCACUGAAGGCAGCAUCUGCCUCUGCCGCAACCGAGACGUUUGAGAAGGGUGUUGGAGGGUGUGUAGGAGUUUGCCAGCAAAGAAGGCAGGCCCAGACCUGCCUGCCGCUUCCAUGUGUUCAGAGUUCAGAGGUCAUGGCUACAUGGGUCUGAGCCCUGAGUGCUUCAGGUUCACUGGUGGG